GAAGCGCGCCGAACCUGGAACGUUAUAAAGUUUCUCUAAUUGCAUGGUUUUGUUUUCUUCAUAUAAAUGCGAGCUUAAUCAUUCAUAAUUAUGGAUGAAAAUCUGAAAAAAAUAGAAAAGGACAAAUUCAAAGCAAUUAAUCUUGGUAAAUAUAAAGAAGCCGCGGAUCUUUCGAAUUAUAUCGGAUGUCAAUUAUUUGCAAAGGAAAAGUAUGAAGAUGCUUUACCAUAUCACCUCGAAGAAUUAGAAUUAAAUCAGAAAAUAGAUGAUAAUCUUGGAAUUGCUAUUGCACAUCGUAAACUUGGCGAAUGUUACGCUGAACUUGGAAAUUUUAAAAAAGCAUUUUCCCAUAUUAAGACUUAUUUGGAUAUUUCUGUCUCCUUAACAAACAAAGUAGAAGAACAACGUGCCUGGGCAACCCUUGGAAGGACUUUCUAUUUAAAAUACAUAAAACAGAAAGAUGCUGAUAGAGACAACCAUAUUAAUUCUAAAGUUCUUGAUCAAGCCGAAAAAUCUUAUUUCAAAGCUUUUGAAUUAUGUGAGCAUGCAAAAACUCAUUUGAAUGAAAAAGAGUAUGCUGAAAUGAAAGCUCGCUGUUUAUUAAAUUUAGGGCUUGUAUGUGAAUGCCGUGAGAGCAUAACUGAGUGUGCUACUUAUAUUGCUCGUGCUGUAGCUUUAGCAACUAAAUUUAAUUUAUAUGAAGAUUUAUAUCGAUGCCAAAGCUUUCUUGGCUCUAUGUAUAUUAAGCAUCAACAAUAUAAAGAUGCAUUAAAGGCUAUAGAUUGUGCAAUAGAAUCUGCUAAAAAACUAAAUGAUAAUAUUUUAUUGGUUGAAGAAUUGAUGUCAAAGGCUGGAAUUCUUAUUUCUUUAAAAGACUUCCUUGGAGCCAAAUCCUGCCUAGUAACAGCAUAUAAACUGCAUGCUCCAGUAGAAGCAAAUUAUGAUAAAUUAUGUAAUCUUUUAAAAAUUUGUGUGGGGUUAUGCAAUUCUCAGAGCAAAUUAGAAGAUUUAGAUCCUAAUAAUAAUGAUGAAAGAAAACUUAUAUUUGAAAAAAUGGCUGAUGCACUCUCAUAUUUAGAGAACUAUAAAUUAGCUUUAGAAUAUUAUUUCGAAACUUUGAAAUGUAUUGAAAAUACAGAAUGUACUAUAUCUCAGAGAGCUCCUAUCUAUUUUUCAAUUGCAAUGACUUAUAAGGAUAUUGGUGAAUAUGACAAAGCACUAGAGUAUUUAAAUAAGGAAAUAGAUUGUUAUGUGAAUAAACUUGAAGAGCAAACAAAGUCUCUAAUGAACAUGGCCGAAGUAUAUGAAGAAAUGGGUGAUUUCAAGAAGAGUGAAACAAGUUAUGUUAAAUCAGUUACUGUUGCACAAAGCAGUUCAAACAAUAAAAUAUUAAAAAAUUCUCUGAUUAAACUUUUGGAUUUUUAUGAAAGAAAUCAAAUGACUGAGCAAGCCAAAAAAAUAAAGUUAAAAUUAAAAUGUAAUUCAUUUGAAGAUUUAUCAGACAAUGAAUCCGAAGAAGACAGUCCUGAUCCAUUUGAUGACAUAUGUCUAGAUGAACUACCAGAUUUGAAAGAGACUGAAUCAAAGCCAUAUCUUCGAAGAAGAAAAUGUCCUAAGAAGUCAGUUUUCAAGCCAAAUAACAAAGGUGAAACUCCUUUGCAGUUGGCUUGUAUUGAUAAAAAAUUCUCAACUGUUAAAAAAUUAAUUGAAAGUGGUCAUGAAGUAAAUGUUAGAGAUAACUGUGGUUGGACACCUUUACAUGAAGCUGUUAAUCAUGAUGCACCUGAAAUUGUUGAAUAUCUACUGGAUCAUGGAGCUGACAUUAAUGACCGUGGUGGUCCAGGUUGUCAAGGUAUCACUCCACUUCAUGAUGCCGCUUGUUGUGGACUCAUUCAUAUUAUGAGGAUGUUGAUUUCCAGAGGUGCUUCUGUUACUGUUGUAGAUGAUCGUGGUUUUACUCCAUUAGAAAGGCUGAUUCAAAGGAAGAUGGAAGUGCAAGAUAAUUUGACUGCAGAUGAAUUAAAACAGUUUGAAGAAAUGGAAGAUGAAUUGAAGAAAAAAAUGGCUCAAGCUGGCCAGCCUGCAAAAGACACUAUGCUGCUUAAUGAAAAUGUUAAGGAUUUUGCAUUUUCUGUUGAUAAUGACUUUUCUGAUGAUUAUUUUGCUAAUAGCGAUUCUGUAUGCCAUUCAAAAAAACGUACCAGAUCCUCAUCUGACUCUUCAUCUGAAGAAAACUCUGAUGACAAUAUUGAAGAUUCCUCAUCUCCUAAUAGAAGCAUUCAAAGAGAUAAUUGGGAUGAUGCUAAAAAAGCUAAGUUAGAAUAUAAGACGGUGAUGUCCAGCUUGAGACUAAGUGGAAAAUCGAUAAUUCCAGGACAUAAUGCAACGCCCAAACCUGACGCUAUUCCAGCCUUGAUUGAAGAAGAUAAAAUUGUUGAUGAGUGGUUAAUUAAAGAUACUGAGCACAUUCCUAAAAUGAAGAAAAAGAAACGAAGAAUGUCACGUCUACAAGUACGUACCAGUAAAUCUUUAUAUAAUUAUAUGGCUUCUACAAAUGUAUUUUGUGAAAACAUGGAAAAUGUAAUUAUAGAUAAUAAUACCAAUGAUUCAUCUAGUAACACUAGUGAAGUUAUCACAGAAUCCACUAAAAAUUUGCAGGAAAGUAACCCUUCCCAAGUAAUUAAAAAGGAUGGUUCAAAAUUGUCUUUCUGUAUAAAAGUCAAAAUAACUGAUAAACUCAUAUUGGUCCCUAUACCAGAAGAUUCAUGCUCAAUUGGAUGGUUAGCUGAGCAAGCAGCUCAAAGAUAUCAAGAUUUACUUGGUAGUAAACCACACUUGACUCUUAUGACAAAAGAUGGUGCCUUUCUUUCUAAAACAGAUUUAGUGAAAAAUUUGUUUGAUAACAAUGAAGAAAUUGCAUCAAAUGUUGAAUUCUGGGAUGAGCCCUCUCUUAAUGAACGUUAUAUUCAGUUAUGUGAGAAACGUGGUUUGACGCUUUCCCCUUCAAUUCAGAAACGUUUGUUAAACUUUGAAGUGUCCCCAGAGUUAAAUUUUUCAAAUUGUUCUAUUCCUAAUCCACAAAUGAUUGUAAUCUUUUCAGUACUUCAAUAUUUUCAAAACUUGCAGCAUCUUGACCUAAGUGGAACAGUUAUCACUGAUACAAUAGCUUCUGGAAUUAUAUCUUGUUUCCCAUCUUUUUCUUCUCUAGUCUCACUAAAUAUGAGUUGCUGCUGUUUAACUAUAGAGACUGUGAAAAAUAUUUCUCAUUAUCUUCAAGAACAACAGAGCUCUGAAGCCAGACUUCCACACUUGAAGACUCUCAUCAUGGAUAGUAAUUUGUUUUAUGGGAAUUCCAGUGAAUAUUUUAAUAUUAUCCUCCUACUUAGUUCUUUAAAGGUUUUAAGCCUUUAUUCUUGCAGUUUAAUUCCAUCAUUUUUUGAAAAUAGAGAACUCUGCCAACUUUUGGAAAAUUCAUGCUUGGAAGAACUUAAUGUUGCAUGCAAUUCUUUUAGUGAACAAAGUAUAAAUAAUCUGUUGCAUAGUCUUCCAAAGAAAAGUUUGAAGAAAUUGGAUCUAUCUCGUACUGUUCAAAGUUAUUCUUUUAUUCCAAACAUGUGUGCUUUUCUGAUAUUCAUUCCUGUGCUUCAAGAAGUACAUUUAGAAGAUUGUAAUUUAAAAGAUGAAGAUCUUUAUCUCCUAGCCCAAAGUGCUUUUCAUUGCCCACAAUUAAAAUCUUUCAAUAUUUCAUCAAAUGCUGAUUUAUCAUCUGUAGCUAUUCUAAAUUUUUUGAAAUCAAUUUUAAAUAAUAAUAGAUCUUUAACUGAUAUCUUUAUGACUGGAACAUGCUUAUGGGACACACAAAGUACAGAGACUCUAAUUAGUAUCUUGAGCUCAUCAAAUGUAAAUAAUUUAAUGUUGGACAGCAUUCCAGAGCCUUGUCAAGAAAAAUUAAUUGAAUUUUGGAAGAAUCAUUGGGGUGGAAAAGCAUCUUGUUUAAGUGCUUUAUUUUGCAAAUUAAGUAUAUUGUAAAUAUUUAGUAUAAAAGUUCAGUAUCUGAAAAGUUUAUUCAACUAUUUAUUUUUUUAAAAUAAAUUAUUAUAUAAAUAUAUAUACAUGAAAAAAGCCAAAGCUUUUCUAAUUUAUGGUAUUGUCUUGACAAAUUUAAAUUGAUAAAGAAAUGUAAAAAUUUGUGAAAUGGUGACAUAAUAAUCCCUUUUGUUUCAUUUGCUAACAAAUUUCACAAGAUUUAAUUUUUACUUUUACAUAUUUUAUAGAAAACAUGUUAUCAACAUUCUAUUAUUA